GCUUGGCAGAGGCCUGGUUAGCGACUACCAACACUGGUGGAGCAUCAUGGGUGUUCGCACGAAGACCGUCAAGAAGUCGGCGCGAGCCAUCAUCGAGAAGUACUACUCUCGUCUGACGAUGGACUUCCACACAAACAAGCGCGUUUGCGACGAGGUGGCGAUCAUCCCGUCCAAGCGGAUGCGGAACAAGAUUGCCGGCUUUGUGACCCAUCUCAUGAAGCGUAUCCAGAGGGGGCCUGUGAGAGGUAUUUCGCUGAAGCUGCAGGAGGAGGAGCGUGAGAGGCGUAUGGACUUCGUGCCCGAGGUCUCGGCCAUCGAGCAGGAGUCCAUCGACAUCGACCCGGACACGAAGGACCUGCUGGACGCGCUUGACUUCAAGGACUUGGCGGGCAUCGCUGUGUCCGAUGUGCCCCCUCGUGUUUGAUUUUUCGCCGUUUUGGAAUGUUAAAAACUAAGCCUCGGGACAUCAACAGCUCGGGUGUUUUUUUUCCUUCUUGAGUGCAUGCACUCUUCGCCAUCGCCUCUCGUUUGUUUGGUUCAUGAAGAAAGCUUCACGCCAGUGGCUGCUGCUGGUCAGACCUGGAUGACCCAUGCAGUUUAUUCGCCGAUUGUAGGCCACUGGUGUUUAAGAAUGGGUGGACUUGAUGUAUCAGCAAGAACUUGAACGGUGGUUUGGCGGCUGAGAAGCCUUGCAAGGCCUAACUUCCACAGCUAGGUAAUAAAAACAAUCGAGCCAAUCUGUUUCAUUUCUUGUGGCAUGGCAACGGAUUAUGACCGAAGUCCUAGACACAGGACGCAACAUGCCCACCCCCCCAUGUUUGGUCGCGGCGGCGUAGCCUGUGAAAGCGUGUGUGCUCGGACCCCAUGACGAUCUUUGUUUGGCAAAGCCCGCCAGUACAGAUGUCUUAAGUGUCAAGCAGCUGAUUGAAUAGAAGCGCAGGUGCUCAAUCUCUUCACUCAUGGCGCACGCUGCCGACCGGCCGGUAUCAAUGUAGUCUCAAUCCCUAACGUGGGGGCAGGUGGAGCCCCUCUUGCCGUUGCUGCAACUUACGCAAACCAGAGGUAAGCUCUUGUUCGGAGCUACCAAAAACUCGAAAAGCAAAAUAGAAGACUUGUUCCGAAUCGCACAAGCUCCUCUUAAUUGCAGAUGGCCGAAGGAGCUAGGCAAUUGUGCACCAAAACAAGGGUGACGCAUGACUGCAAUUGUUGCCGAGAAACACGGUGCAAAUUCUGUGUGUAUCCGUAAGACUGUACGAUUCGGCCCUGAUGGUCGCUCACUAUUGUUAACCCUCGCUUAGAUGUUUGAAAGUGGGUAGAGGGUUCCAUUGUCUUCCUGUGGAUGAAACUCGAAGC